AUGACUCCAAUUUUCCUCCUGGCCACCCUUUGCUUGGGGAUGAUCUCAGCUGCUCCAACACAUGACCCCAGUUUCGAUGCCGUAUGGGAGGAAUGGAAGACCAAACAUGGGAAAACAUACAACACGAAUGAAGAAGGGCAGAAGAGAGCAGUGUGGGAGAACAACAUGAAGAUGAUCACCCUGCACAAUGAGGACUAUCUGAAGGGGAAGCAUGGCUUCAGCUUGGAGAUGAAUGCCUUUGGUGAUUUGACCAACACAGAAUUCAGGGAAUUGAUGACUGGCUUUCAAGGCCAGAAGACCAAGAUGAUGAAGGUCUUCCCAGAGCCCUUUCUGGGUGAUGUCCCCAAGUCUGUGGAUUGGAGAAAGCAUGGCUAUGUGACUCCUGUGAAAAACCAGGGUCUUUGUGGCUCUUGUUGGGCUUUUAGUGCAGUUGGUUCCCUAGAAGGACAAGUGUUCCGGAAAACAGGCAAGCUGGUCCCUCUGAGUGAACAGAACCUAGUAGACUGCUCCUGGUCACAUGGCAAUAAAGGCUGCGAUGGUGGCUUGCCAGAUUUUGCCUUCCAGUAUGUGAAGGAUAAUGGAGGCCUGGACACCAGUGUGUCCUAUCCAUAUGAAGCCCUGAAUGGAACGUGUAGGUACAAUCCUAAAUACUCUGCUGCUAAAGUCGUGGGGUUCAUGAGCAUCCCACCUAGUGAAAAUGCCCUGAUGAAGGCUGUGGCUACUGUGGGGCCCAUCUCAGUUGGAAUUGAUAUUAAGCACAAGUCGUUCCAGUUCUAUAAGGGUGGCAUGUACUAUGAGCCAGACUGUAGCAGCACUAAUCUGAAUCAUGCUGUCCUGGUGGUUGGCUAUGGUGAAGAAUCAGAUGGCAGGAAAUACUGGCUGGUCAAGAACAGCUGGGGUCGAGACUGGGGCAUGGAUGGCUACAUAAAGAUGGCCAAAGACUGGAACAACAACUGUGGGAUUGCUUCCGAUGCUUCUUACCCUAUCGUUUGAGCUGCCCAACAACAAGGAGUGGACUGAGGAGGGCUUUCCACUUCCUGGACCAGCCUCAGCUCUGUAGGCCAUGGAGGACAAGCCACUGAAGUUUCACGCUAUGUAUGGUGUGAAUUCUGGGACAUUUUAUUCCAGUUAAAUUGAACUGGCACCCUAUGGCUGUAAGCAGCUUUGUGACCACGGCUUUUGGAUUUUAAUUGUUUACAAGAUGUAUACAAUUUCUAUAAAACCUACAUUGAAAAUA